GGAAUCCGCGCGUGCGCAGUUUCCUGCGGAAGCGGAAGGCCGCGAGAGAAGGUCGCUGGGCGGUCCUUGAGGUUUUUUUCUCCUAGUGUAAAGGUCGAGUGUUCGAAAUCGCUCUGAGUCUUGUCCUUGCCGUUUGCUUUUCGGCCUUCGGCCCCAGAGACACCGCCUUUCGGGAUAUUUUCCUGCUUAAAACUUAACCAUACGUGGGCGAGUGGAAUCAGAAGAAACAGUGACUGAGAGUGAAAGGCGAACUCAGAAGUGGAAAACAAUGAGAGAACGGAUGGGGUCGCCCAGGAUGGCUGAGGCAGUUGCAAAGGGAUGAUCAACUUCUAAAAACUUACAUUGUCUGAGGAAGAAGCUGGGAAGAGGAGGAAAAAGGCAAGAAAAGAGGAAUGGCUCUUUCUCAGAUUCAUUCCUUGCCUGAGUGCUUUCUCCCUUCAUCUCAUACAUUUGAAAUUUUCCUUGCAGUUGCAGGUUAAACGGCUGUAUGGAUGCCUUUGAAGGUAUUUUCUCAACAUGCAGAUGUGAGUUUGAGACGUCAUAUCCCCACAGAAGACGCAGAGCAGGAGGAAGACGAGGAGGAAAUGGCAGCUUCUCAGGGACGGCUGACAUUUCAGGAUGUGGCCCUAGACUUCACUCAAGAAGAGUGGGAAUGCCUGGACCUCAGUCAGCGAGAAUUGUACAGGGACGUGAUGUUAGAGAACUACAGGAACCUGGCCUCCUUGGCAGGUCUUGUGGUCUCUAAGCCAGACCUGGUCACCUUUCUGGAGCAAAUGAAGACUCCCUGGGAUGUAAGGAGACUGGCGAUGCCAGCCAUAUACACAGCUGUGUCUUCUCACAACACCCAUGGUUUGAUGUCAAAGAAUCCAAGAUUAGAAAAUUUAAUCCAAAAAGCAAACCUAGGAAUACAUGAAAGAGCUCACCUUGGAAACGAACAUUUAAUGAAAGACCAGGAAUAUACGGGGGUAUGUGAAAGACCCAGAAGAUGUUUAUAUGAACAGAAAGAAACCGAGACAGUUUCACACAAUGCGGACACUACUGCCCAAAGAAAUGAGCAAUGUGAGUCAAACUGCAGAAAACACCCAUUUCAGUUAUCAACAUCUGCAGAGCAGCAUAUCUCUUCAAGCAAAGGCUUAAAUCAUUUUUUGAAACAUACACGUUCUUUGAAGGGAAAUGUUGAAAAUCUGGAAAGUCAUCCAGUCUCUACUGCAAAUACUCAUGCAAACCACUCUGAACACAGGCUUCGAUUACACAUACAUUUAAGCACAUCUGAAAACCAGAAAUUUAAAAAUGAUGAGGAAAACUCACAAUAUAAUCAGUUUGAGGGAUCUGUAAGCAAGGGGUCAUUAUUCUUCGACCAACAGACAGUUUCUCUCUGUUCCAAAAUGUGUAAUGUUGAUAAUGGAAGAGAGUUAAUCCCACCAUCAUUGUUCAAUACACAUCAUGAUACGACUAAUAUGGAACAACUUCUCACGUGUAAUAACACGAGUCAGGCCUUAAGUAAGAGCUCUAUCCCCAAUAAUUACAAGAAUAUUUACGAUGGAGUGAGAAGCCAUUCAUGCAAUGAAAAUGGGUGUAAAACUGAACAAGACUCUAACCCUAUGAAACAUCAGGGACCUCAAUCUUCAGACAAAGAUUCUAAAAAUAGCACAUGGAGGAAUAUCUUUUAUCAAACAUCAGGUCUUCCACUAAAUGAGAGUACACAUACUGGAGAGAAGACUUACAGUUGUGAAUAUGGAGAUGUUUCUAAUCAGUCUUCAAAUCUCACUCAACAGCAGAGUAUUCAGAAUCCGCAGAAAAGUUACAAGUGUAAGAAAUGUGAGAAAGCCUUUACUAACUCAUCCAGUCUAAGUAGACACAGAAAAAUUCAUUCAGAAUGGAAACCUUUCAAAUGUACAGACUGUGGCAACACCUCUAAUCAGAAUUCAGAGCUUAGUCAAGAUCAGCAAAUCCACACUGGCAAGAAACCUUAUGAAUGUAAAGAAUGUGAAAAAGCAUUUAUGUCUUACUCAAACCUUAGUCGAUAUCAGCGAAUUCACACUGGGGAGAAGCAUUAUAAAUGUACAAAGUGUGGCAAAACCUUUAAUCAGAAGCCACGUCUUACUGAACACCAGAGGAUUCAUACUGCAGAAAAGCCUUAUAAAUGUGAAGAAUGCGGAAAAGCCUUCAGUCGCAACUCAGCUGUUACUAUCCACCAGCGAAUUCAUACUGGAGAGAAGCCUUAUAAAUGUACAGAAUGUGGGAAAUCCUUUAGUCACAACUCAGCUGUUACUCAACACCAGCGAAUUCAUACUGGGGAGAGGCCUUAUAAAUGUAAGGAUUGUGGCAAAGACUUUUGCAAUCACUCAGGUCUUUCUUACCAUCAGAGGAUUCAUACUGGAGAGAAGCCUUGUAAAUGUAAAGAUUGUGGAAAAGCCUUCAGUCACCCCUCAAGUCUUAUUCAACACCAGCGAAUUCAUACUGGAGAGAAGCCUUGUAAAUGUAAGGAUUGUGGCAAAGAAUUUCACCUGUGUUCAGGUCUUACUCGCCAUCAGAGAAUUCAUACUGGAGAGAAGCCUUAUAAAUGUAAGGAUUGUGGCAAAGACUUUAGCAAGCACUCACGUCUUACUCGCCACCAGAGAAUUCAUACUGGAGAGAGGUCUUAUAAAUGUAAGUAUUGUGGCAAAGAAUUUAACCACAGCUCACGUCUUACUUACCAUCAGAGAAUUCAUACUGGAGAGAAACCUUAUAAAUGUACAGAAUGUGGGAAAUCCUUUAGUCUCAACUCAGCUCUUACCGAACACCAGCGAAUUCAUACUGGGGAGAGGCCUUAUAAAUGUAAGGAUUGUGGCAAAGACUUCUGCAAGCACUCAGGUCUUAUUUACCAUCAGAGAAUUCAUACUGGAGAGAAGCCUUAUGAAUGUAAAGAAUGCGGAAAAGCUUUCAGUCACCCCUCAAGUCUUGUUCGACACCAGCGAAUUCAUACUGGAGAGAAGCCUUAUAAAUGUAAGGAUUGUGGCAAAGAAUUUAACCAGUGGUCAGGUCUUACUUACCAUCAGAGAAUUCAUACUGGAGAGAAGCCUUAUAAAUGUAAGGAUUGUGGCAAAGAAUUUAACCUGUGCUCAGGUCUUACUUACCAUCAGACAGUUCAUACUGGAGAGAAGCCUUAUAAAUGUAAAGAAUGCGGAAAAGCCUUCAGUCACCCCUCAAGUCUUAUUCGACACCAGCGAACUCAUACUCGAGAGAAGCCUUAUAAAUGUAAGGAUUGUGGCAAAGAAUUUAACCAGUGGUCAGGUCUGUCUUACCAUCAGAGAAUUCAUACUUGAGAGAAACCUUAUGAAUGUACAGAAUGUGGGAAAUCCUUUAGUCAGAACUCACAUCUUGCUCAACACCAGCAAAUUCAUACUGGAGAGAAGCCUUAUAAAUGUAAGGAUUGUGGCAAGGCAUUU